CCCCAAUCCAUUAUUAAUUACGAGCUGAUCUGCACAUUACGUGGCGCAGUUAUUCUCCUCAUCAGAAACGGCUCGCCAUUAUUUAUUUAUUACAUUACCCGGUGCGUGCAGUUUAAAACCAGCGCCCCGUCCAUUCGUGCCUUCUCUUAUUUAAAAUCCCACCUCCUCCUUAAACCGACGACGACGGCGACGACGAGAGGCGGCGUCUCUUCCUUCCUUCCCGUUCCUGUUGCCGAUCAAUCCUCGCAUCGGCGUGGUCGGGACCACCGGAUCGGCGGCGCCGGUUCCAGAUCGGGCGGGCGGAUGCCGCCGCGGCCGGAGCCGUGCUGCUCCUCGUCGUCGUCGUCGCUGGGGAACGACAGCGACGAGGGCGGCGCGCCGGCGGGGAAGGAGGAAGGGGACGGGGAGGUGCAGAGCGCCUACAGCGGGGCCGGGCUCGGCGGCCUCGCCUCAUUGGAGGAGUCGCUUCCCAUCCGGCGUGGCAUCUCUAAAUUCUAUAACGGCAAGUCCAGAUCUUUCACAUUCCUUAAGGAAGCUAUUGGGCCGUCUGGUUCCGCAAAGGUCAUUGCCAAGGCAGACAAUGCUUACUCCAGGAAACGGAAAAAUCUCCUUGCAUACAACAUCAUGUAUGGUCAGGCACAGAUCACCGUGCCGGAGACCUACGAGAAUGGUAUCUCUAAGAGGCUUGCCAGUUUAAGCAGGCUGAGGCCCUUGGAUGCCAUGAGCUCCAACAGCAGCAGUAGCAGCAGCCUCAGCAGCGACGAAAACGAGUCGCCUCAGCAGUUCAUUUUUAUGCAGUCACCUGAUGAUCCAGCGAUAAUCGCACCUCAGCUCGGGUCUUGCGCACCUAAGAUGCUGCCCGUGCCAACAAGGUCGUUUUCGAUGGUGAAUCUGCAACGUUUGCACAGCCGCUGCUCGUCUGUUUGCCUGAAAGAAGAGCAGGAGGCUGAUUAACAAGCAAUGCAGAGGCAUGUCGACCUUUACGUGUUUUUUUUCUUAUGUUUGUUUGGGGGCGCUAAUAUACGGCAUCUCUCAUUUGCUAACCCAAGGUUUGCUUUGAGGUGUUUGCGUAAAUAAGAGGGAGCAUGUAUGGUGACGGCUUUGUGUGUAAAAUAGCUCGUUUGACCAUAUGUAAAUUCACAUGAUCUGCUAAUAUCAAAGGCCCCAGGUUGGUUUUGUUGCUA